CUCGGUGCUCACACGAGCUGAUCUGAUCGCCGGCGACAUCACUCGGGAGACCAGUCGGGCGCGUGGCCCCUGCAGGCGAGGCUAGGAGGCCAAGCCCAUUUCUCCCGGAGUCCCUGCCGUCUUCCCAGGCCCUCCCGCCUGCAGCAGGCACAGACUAGCCCCCCGGGUCGUACCGAAAGUAAGUGCGCCUCGACGGCUGUGCCCUCGGCUCACACUCAAGCCCUCUAAACUUCCUCCUGUUCGUCUGUCGGUCCUGCGCACUGCCAGGAUGCCUGCCCCUUUGGAGACCUGUCUCUCCGACCUCGACCGUGCCAGCAGCAACAGCAGCAGCGACCUGUCCAGCUUCCUUACCGACGAAGAAGACUGUGCCAGGCUCCAGCCCCUAGCCUCAACCUCGGGGCUGUCCGUGCCGGGCCGCAGGAGUGUGCCCACCAGUGUUCCCAGUGCUCCAGACGAAGAGCAAGAACGCCGGCGCCGGCGAGGUCGCGCGCGGGUGCGGUCCGAGGCACUACUGCACUCCCUGAGAAGGAGCCGUCGGGUCAAGGCCAACGAUCGCGAGCGCAACCGCAUGCACAACCUCAACGCAGCUCUGGACGCACUGCGCAGUGUGCUGCCCUCGUUCCCCGACGACACUAAGCUCACCAAGAUUGAGACGCUGCGCUUCGCCUACAACUACAUCUGGGCCCUGGCUGAGACACUGCGCCUGGCAGAUCAAGGGCUCCCCGGGGGCGGUGCCCGGGAGCGCCUCCUGCCUCCACAGUGUGGCCCCUGCCUGCCUGGGCCCCCGAGUCCCACCAGCGACGCGGAGUCCUGGGGGUCAGGAGCCGCUGCAUCCCCCUGCGCCACUGUAGCGUCGCCACUCUCUGACCCCAGUAGUCCCUCAGCCUCAGAAGACUUCACCUAUGGUCCCGGCGACCCCCUUUUCUCCUUCCCUGGCCUGCCCAAAGACCUACUCCACACAACGCCCUGUUUCAUCCCUUACCACUAGGCAACGGUAUUACCUUCUUCCUCCCCCAGUCAAUAAGCAAUAUGUGGGGAACUGGCUGAGGCCUCAGGGACCACCCUCAGGACCACCCUCACCCCUCCCAGGUGGCUACUGGGAACUUAAAAGAGUGGGAGAUACCUGACUACUUGUUAGGUCGCUGCACCCUGGCUGAGGAGGCCCCCUUGGUCUCCAGCCCCCAGCACGGGCCCCUCCUGCCCGCCCUCAGACGGCCCUUCAUUUUGCACUUUCUGAACUCCACAAAACCUCCUUUGUGACUGGCUCAGAACUGACCCCAGCCACCACUUCAGUGUGAUUUGGAAAAGGGACAGAUGAGCCCCUGAAGACGAGGUGAAAAGUCAAUUUUACAAUUUGUAGAACUCUAAUGAAGAAAAACGAGCAUGAAAAUUCGGUUUGAGCCGGCUGACAAUACAAUGAAAAGGCUUAAAAAGGAGACACAAGGAGUGGGCUUCAUGCAUUAUGGAUCCCGACCCCCACCACUGCGGGCUUGCUCCAGCAAGAACCUGAGCACUUGCAUAGCUAUUCAGGCUCUGGGCAGGAGGGUACUCUAAUUUAUUCAGGAUGCUUCAUUCAUAUGAAAAUGUAUUUUUGUACAUAAAGAGUUUAUUCUAUUAUUAUGAGCUAUCAAAGUUUACAUUUUUGUACUGCAGAUGCUUCGUGUAAAUAAAAAA